AUGGUGUACCUUCAACUUCCUUCCCAACUUACCGAGGAGGAGCAGACGCUGCAGCGAAAGUACCAGAAGCUGAAGCGGAAGAGAAAGCUUCUCCAGCAGCACAAGACGCCCAAGCCGGAGCCGGUGGUGGCGGCGCCCAUCAUCAAGGCGAAGACGGAAAGCGGCGCCACCGACGCGAAGGAGGUGGCGAAGAAGCUGCUCAAGUCGGGGAAGAUUCACGCCAUCAAGGCGCCGGAGAAUCGGCAGAAGGAGCGCCAGGACAGCGGCUUCAAGCGCUCCAAGGCGCACGAGCGGAAGCGCUGCACGGGAACUGAUAAGCCGGGCGGCUAUCUGCCCUUUCACAAUCAGCACUCGAUGGAGGAUGAUCCCAGUGGCUCUGCCGACCUGGACGACAGCCUAAAUAACAGCGGAAGUGGCAACGAUCCCGCCAAUAGCACCAGCAGCAACAAACAGCGAAAGCCCUUCUACGAAAGCUUUGUCCACUCGCGUGAUCCUCAUUCGCUGGCCCGCGAGGAGACCUACCGCGAGAAGAAGCGCGACGGCAAGGCCAACUACGUCAAUCGAGAUAAUCCGCAGCAAGGAAAUACCAUCUACGUCCGUGGCGAGAACAUGACCGAGGCUUUCCUCCGCAUGGGCUUCUCCAGCUUCGGCACGGUGCUGCACAUCGCCGCCGAGCCCUCGAAAAACUGCGGCUUCGUCACCUACGACUCCAUCGACACCGCCAACAUGGCCAUCAAUGAGAUGAACGACACGGCGCUGCACGGCAUCCGCCUCAAGGUCAGCCUCGCCCGCCGCCAGUCGGUGUACAAUCCGGAGAAGACGAAGGCCGGCGAACAGGCCACCACCAACAGCAGCAGCGGCGGCGGAAAUGCAAACAACAACGGUGGAAAUGGUGGAAACGCCUCCUCUUCAGGUGGCAACGCAGGCAAGGGCGGCAACGCCUCUUCAACUUCAGGGGCCAGUGCUGCUGGCUCAAAUCAGUCGCUCUCCACGCCCGAGGCCUGGUCGGCGAUGGCCUCCAGCCAGAGCGACAGCGCCGAGAAGCCGAAGAACCGAACGGUGAUCAGCUACGACGAGGACGACAUUUGCGAUACCAUUUAG